AUGUCUAGAAAAAAUCCCAGGACUACUGAAGAAGAUUUGGAUUAUGAAUUUAAGAAGUUUGGAAAAAUAACAUAUAGAGAUUAUCAUGAUGCAGAAGCUGCAAUCAAAAAGAUGAAUAAAGCUUAAGUAGAUGGAAAAGUAUUGAUAGUAGAACCUGCAGGAUAAAAAGUAUCAAGGUCUAGAGGACCUUAACCUGUUGAUAGAUGCUAUAAUUGUGGAAGAAGAGGCCAUUGGUCAGAAAUAAUAAUUCAAAAUAAUUAUUUGUGA